AUAAUCCGCGCAGGUUCCUCACUUACAUCUCACUGUCAUUAACGAGCGUCGGGAGUAAGAUGACAAGAAGCAGAAAUGUUGAGUGAACGUUAACAAGGUUUUCAUUGAGCAUCCGCGAGAUUAUAUGUUUUUUUGCGCGCAGCCCGCUUCAGUCGCAUCACUGCCGACUUGUGUUAGACGCAAAGGAGAGCGUUUAUAAAAGACAGAUUUGAUAUUCUCCUCACUGUUACAUUAUUUAGGAGUAUCUGUUCCUCCAGCCCAACAUUUGCUCGCGUCUUUGUCUUACAUCUUCCGUGAAUUCUUGUGAAGCCGGGCUCGAAGUGGCGGUGACACGGAUGAAAGCCGAUGGCCAGGCGCCCCGAAUUUCAUCAGAAGGGGGAUGCAACCUAGAAUAACCCGUGUCAAAUGCUUUCCGCACAACGCGAGCCGAGGAAGACCUGAAUCCCGACACAUAAGAGGCGCCUUACGACCGCUGCGGCUGCGGACGGACACAGCUACAGACCCCGCGGAGCAGAGCGGUCCUCUCUGUCACACUUCUCUGAAGUCCGCCUGAAGGGCGCAUGUAUAGUUGGCGCAUUGUAACUGUAACACGCCUCAGACCUCACCUGAGACUGUCCCUCCUCCUGACCUCUUACGCACUGGCAGCCCGGACACCGGUGACUUUUUAAUGGCUUUUGUGUUCAGAAGAUGGAGGGUCUUACUGGUGCUGAACGUGCUCGCCCUUGCCGGGUUCAUUACUUUCUGGGCCAUGUGCAACAACGCACGCAGCAUCCAAACCGCCGCUCCGGAGGCUUCAGGUGAGGGGAAGAGGCCCCGGGGCAACGGGACGGCGCAGGGGCCCAGCGUCAUACACGAGGUGCUACUGAAGAGGCUCAGCUCUCUGGAGGACGUGGUGUACAGACAGUUAAACGGUCUGUCCAAAUCUCUGGGCCUGAUUGAGGGCUUUGGGGGUCGGGGUAAAGGCGGCCUCCCUGCCACGCUGUCACCGACUGAGGAGAGUGACGCUAAACACCUUAGGGAGAAGUACGGCUAUAAUGCCUACCUCAGUGACAGAAUUUCUCUGGAUCGCACAAUACCGGACUAUCGGCCAAGCAAAUGUAGAAAGAUCAGCUACCCGAGAGAUCUCCCUCAGAUCUCCCUCAUCUUCAUCUUCGUCAACGAGGCUCUGUCAGUGAUCCUGCGCUCGGUCCACACAGCUGUCAAUCACACACCAGCGCACUUGCUCAAAGAGAUCAUCCUGGUGGACGACAACAGCGAUGACGAGCAGCUGAAAGGUCCGCUGGAGGAGUACGUGAACAAACGCUACCCCGGCUUGGUGAAGAUCGUGAGGAACCAGAAGAGAGAGGGACUGAUCCGGGCCAGGAUCGAGGGCUGGAAGGUAGCCACCGCUGAGGUGACGGGAUUUUUUGAUGCCCAUGUGGAGUUCACCCCAUUAUGGGCGGAGCCAGUUCUAGCUAGAAUAAAGGAGGACCACAAGAGGAUUAUCUUGCCAUCAAUCGACAACAUCAAGCACGAGACUUUCGAGGUGGAGCGCUAUGAGAACUCUGGCCACGGCUACAACUGGGAGCUGUGGUGCAUGUACAUCAGUCCACCCAAAGAGUGGUGGGAGAAGGGGGACACGUCUGCACCGAUAAGGACUCCUGCCAUGAUUGGAUGCUCCUUUGUGGUCAAUCGCGAGUACUUUGGAAAGCUUGGUCUGCUCGACUCAGGCAUGGAUGUCUACGGAGGGGAGAACAUCGAACUAGGCAUCAAGGUGUGGCUGUGUGGAGGCAGUAUGGAGGUGCUGCCUUGCUCCAGAGUGGCUCACAUUGCACGAAUGAAGAAACCCUACCACAGUAACAUAGCUUUCCACACACGCCGUAAUGCUCUGCGUGUGGCUGAGGUCUGGAUGGAUGAGUACAAGUCCAGUGUCUACCUGGCCUGGAACAUCCCCAUGGAGAACCACGGCAUUGAUUACGGAGACAUAUCACAGAGGGUUGCACUGAGGAAGAAUCUGCAGUGUAAGAGCUUUCAGUGGUACCUAGACAAUGUUUACCCAGAGAUGAGGAGGUACAACGAUACACUGUUCUACGGUGAGGUCCGCAACUCUAAAGCAAGCCACCUGUGUAUGGAUCAGGGUGCGAAGGAGAACCACACGGUCACCCUGCACCCAUGCCAUGGGUGGAACCCUCAGUUAGGACGUUACACCAAAGAGCGUCAGCUGUUCCUGGGUCCACUCGGCAGCACCGGUGAGGACACUCGCUGUGUGGUGGACGAUCAGAUCAGCAAAUUUCCUCAGCUCGUCAACUGCGAAAAGGUGACCUACGUCAAACAGAAGACGUGGCAUUUCUCUCAGAACGAAUCGAUCAUGAAUGAAGCGACAGGACGCUGCCUGGAGGUGGUGCCGGCUAAUGUUUACUUCGGACACCUGCUGGUCCUGCAGCCCUGCUCGGGGCAGAAGUGGACCAUCAAGAACACCAUGAAGCAGUGAUCACCUGGCCAAUUUCAUUGGGACGAAUUGCAUCAGAGGCCAUUUCCAAGAGCUGUCAGCUGACAUUAGCUUGGCCAGUGGACAAUCAGUGAGACCGGGGCUCCUCGUCUUGUGAAAUGAGACUCCAUAAGAGAUGGCUUUAAGGAGAAGAUUUCAGCUAUUAGCUGGUUUGGGAACAGUUGAUGUUUUUUUUUCAAAGGGGACAGUUCAAGAACGGUGAAAGGGACCUUCUCUCUCUGUUAUAAUUCCUGUGUGCCACUUUUUUUUUUUACAGUGUUUUCAUUUUAGUAGAGACAUUUAAUCAACCAAAAGUGUGUUCUUUCUUAUGUGGGGGAGAGAAAAAGGUUUCCAUCCUCCAAAUCCUUCUGCAAUAUUUCAUUCUGGGUCACUUUAUGUUUUUGAAGAGAUGAAAAACAAUAAAACACCUGGAAUUAAAUUUCAGUUAUAUGCACCUCUACUUUUCAUUGUCGUCAGACAUGAAGGUUUUAGUGUUUGGUACUAUGUGGUGUACUGGACCCUUAUUUAAGUUUUGCAUUUGUAAAUCAUCUCAAAUCACCUCAAAAAGGGCUCUGGGCUAAAUCUUGGUUCUAUGUUUUGUGGACAUCAUUUUCCCUCCAAGCAUUCUGUAGCAUCAGAUGCAGAACAUCUUGUAGCAUGAUUAUAAGUACUGUAAGCAGUUGGUACAAAGUUUCGUUGUCCUGAGUUGAUUUAUCCGGUUACCUGCUGAGUGCCAUAACCACUGCAAACCUAGGAAGCACUUUUUUGGACACAGGGAUAGAAGUGCAAAGAUGAGAAGAGGCCUGAAUCAGGGAUGGAGCGUGCACAAGAGAACCAAUGUGGAAAUGCUGGAGGCCUUAAAGGCUGGAAUUAUUAAUGUUAUAAGAUGUAUAUGUUAUAUGUUAAGUUGCAUAAGUGUUACCAGCUGGAUUUUUGUUCCCAAGAUUGUCUUCCAAUAAACAACUGAUUUUCUGG